CUGCAGCUUCUUCCCCGGCCAGCGGGCUCCCCCGAGGUCCUCUAGUCGGCGCGCCCCCAUCGAAGGAGGAGAUGUUCGCCGUUUUCCCCGCGGAAGCUCCGCUGCAGCAAGAGCCCGGAGGGGCCCCGAUCCCUGCUGCUGCCCCUCGGGCGCUUCCUCCUCCUCCUCCCCCCGAGGACCCCCUGGAGAAAGUCAAGCGCCCCAUGAACGCUUUCAUGGUGUGGUCGAGCGCGCAACGGCGUAAGAUGGCACAGGAACACCCCAAGAUGCACAACUCGGAGAUCUCCAAGCGCCUGGGCGCCGCUUGGAAACUGCUCCCCGACGCCGAGAAGCGGCCCUUCGUGGACGAGGCCAAGCGCCUCCGGGCUCUGCACAUGAAGGACUACCCCGAUUAUAAGUACCGGCCCCGGCGCAAGGGCGGAUCCGGGCGCGCACGCGACAAGGGCGCACCGGCAGCAGCCUCGCCAGGAACCUUUCCGUGCGCCCCGACGGCCGAGACGCGCGCCUGGAGCGCAUACGCCGCCGCCGCGCCAGGAGGGACCCCCGACGGCAGGGGCGCCUGCUACCCCUACGAGCUCGCCCAAGGAGCACCCGGAGGCGGAGGAGGAGGCUACGGGGCCGGAUCCGCCGCGCCCUACAGGUGAGCAAGAAGAGCAGCCCCGACGGCGCGCGGUGGGGAUGGGUGGCUCGGGGGUGGUUUUGGUGAUGGUGCGUAAUGCUCGGAGGAGACCCCUCGGGAGGCUUUGAGCGCAGGGAGGGACGCUUCGAGUUCGGUCCUGCUCGCGAGUAGACCCUCUGGAGUUUGGGAGGGGCUCACGACGUCCACUGGGUGGUAGGUGAACUUUACUCCGGAGUAGACGCGUGGAAACUGUAGACCUUGCGUAGCCGCGUCCGUAGGUUUCCGUGGGUUGGAGGCGAGCCCUACUCGGGAGGAGGCGCAUUGGAUUUUUACACCCUGGGAAACAACGUCCGUUAACUUCAAUGGGCUGUAGGUGAGUCCUACUCGGAGUAGACGCGUUUUUAAAAAAAUACUUUUUAUUAAAGGGGAGUAAACGCAUGGAAACUUUAGACCCCAGGUAGCAAUGUCCUAGAUUUCAGUGGGUUUGUGGGUGAGCCCUACUCGUGAGUAGGAAGCUCUUUAGAUCUAGGGUCGAAACGUCCGUAGACUGCAGUGGGUUGGAGGUGAGCCCUACUCGAGAGUAGGCGCAUUGAAGCUCUUGCACCUAGGGAGUUAGUGGUGUCCUUUAACGUCAAUGGGUUGUAUGCGCUAUUAGUCCUACUUGGAGCAAGACUUCGUCUCAUUUCAGCGAGAAGUUUGGGAAGCUCUCCUCGGAGUAAACCCAUUGAAACAACGGCCUCGGGUGGUAGCGAUGUCCAGUUUCAAGGGGCUGCGUGCAGUGCCGUCUCUACUCAAGAGUAGACUCGCGGAAGCACUUGGACUUCGGGUGGCAGCAACGCCAGUUCACUUCACUGGGUUGUAUCAAGCAGUCUCUUCUGCUCAGAGUAGACCCAUUAAAAAUAAUGAAAAUGGCUCUGUAACUUACUCCGAUCAAGGCUUGGUUUGAUGCAUCGCCGCGAUUCUGUUGAGGGCGACUAAUACUGCAAUAAAUAAUUUGGACUACAUUUGGAGCUUCUCGUGGAGAAAACCUUCCCUCUCUUCUAGCCUCCUUGCAGGCGAUCCUGUGCGUGCUUACUCGCGAGUAAGCUCCGCAGUGUCCUUUCCAGCUUGGUCGGUGGGUGGGGGCUGCGAUCCUGUGCGUGCUUCCUUGCGGAGGAAGCUGCAGGGAAGCGCAGCGGGAGGGUUUACUUUGGAGAAAACCAAGCCUAAGCACUGUGCGCUUGGUGGAUCGGGACCAUUUCGGCUUCUCACGAAACUGACUUCCUGGAUUUGCCUUCAGCUGAGCGUGCCAGACGAGCCUUCCUCUUGCUUUACAAAAGCACCGAAGAGAGGGAGGGGAAAAAAAAGAGAAAAUCUCCCUGUUUGGUUUCCUAUCCAGCCAGAAAUCCCAUCCCGUGUUCCGAUUUGCAGGAAUGUUUUAACGCGUGCAACAAACAACCUCCCGUUUAUUUAUUUAGUUGCAUUUAUAUCUGGGUCUUCUCACAGGUCCUAGUCCUGCGCUCUAACCACUGUGCACCACCACCGGCUCAUAAAUCAGGUUUUGUGUUUUUCCAAAUUAAGCACCCCUUUUUGCAUCACCAAAAAAAUGUGAAUUUUUUCUUUAAAUUGCGUCUCUAUCUGGAAUGGGGAACAGGGGAACUCCUUGCUGCAGUUCCUCACUAGAGCUGCGCCUACACAGAGGCUGCUGCAAUUGGCUGCUAAAUUCCUGCGGUCCAGGAUUCAGUUCUGGGAUCUGUGCUGGGGGCAGAUUUUCCGGAAUUGGCUUAAGUGUCAUCUAUGGAGAUAAGCUUUUCAGCUGCUGAUUGUGUUACAAGAACAGGACACCUGGGUUCUCCGGAAGGGGGGGAGAGGAGGGAGGUGCCUUUCCGCACAUCUGCUUCCAAAUGUUGUUUCUAGGGCAAGGUAAAAACUUCUUUUUGUGGGGAGAAUGCAGGGAUUUUUUGCAGAGAAUCUAGGAGUCCCUACCCACCUUAAAUGAUAAAAUUUAAACACUGCUUGAUUGUGUUUGUUUAGCAACCUGAAAGCGGAGAUCAAGCAAGAAAAAAGAACUGUGAUUCAAAACUUUAAACAAGUUGAAAUAACAAUAGACUACAAAAGAUGAUUUAAAAUUGCAUCCGCCUUCUUUGCUGCCACCCUAGUCGAGAACCCAGAUUGCCCAAUGCCCCUUUACAAAAAAUAAAACGGUGCCCCCCUCUGUUUGGGGGACCCAGGAGUCCUGCCUUCCACCCAGGGGCUGCCCUCCUUCCUUCCUGGAGCGAUCCCCAGCGCCCUGGCUUGCUGCCCCAGAUCUGUCUCAGCGUCAUGCCCCGGCAAAGCUGGGUGGGUGCUGGCCCUGGCAAUCUGGGCGUGCCCCCCCACCCCACCCGGGGGGUUGCCAGCUCCUUGGGUGCUCUCCAGGGCGCAUCAUCGGCCUGCCCUGCGCCAGACACGCAAAGGGGAGCCCUGCCCCUCAGGUCGUGACCGAGGGUGGCCUAACUCGCACUCGCACCCGAGCUGCUUGGCAUGUGGGGUGGGGAGGGAGGGAGGGAGGAGGCAUGGGAGAGGCAAGCCGUGCGGGUGCCAUGGGAGGGAGCCAGGACUGCUGGGUCCCCCAGGCAGAGAGAGGGCAGGACUCCUGGGUCCCUGAAACAGAGGAGAGCAGGACUCCUGGUUCCCCCAAACAGAGGAGAGCAGGACUCCUGGGUCCCUGAAACAGAGGAGAGCAGGACUCCUGGGUCCCUGAAACAGAGGAGAGCAGGACUCCUGGGUCCCCCAGGCAGAGAGAGGGCAGGACUCCUGGGUCCCUGAAACAGAGGAGAGCAGGACUCCUGGUUCCCCCAAACAGAGGAGAGCAGGACUCCUGGGUCCCCCAAACAGAGGGGAAAGGUUUGAGGAUGGAGAGUGGUGGUCGGGAUUCUGGGGACCCCUGGGGAGGCGGGCGGAGGCUGCUGGGUGAGGAGGGGCUGGCAGGCAGGCCGGCAGGUCCGGACAGGUUUGGGGGCUCUCAGCCAAAACUGGAAGAACAGGCUGGCGAGGAAUGCAGGCCCGCCCCACAGGCCCCGGGGGAUUAGCUUUCUCUCUCUUCCCGCAGGUGGCGAAGGGCUGGGCCCGGCAGGUGCUCUCCUGGCCACCUCACAGCCUAGCGCACAACACAACACUCCCGGAUUGUGAGCGUUGGAAGGGGUCCCUCAAAGGUCAUCCAGCCCAACCCCGGAGGUUGGCUUGAUUUAGGGCAGGCGAAAGAAAGUUAGACGGCGGAACUCCCUGCCGCCAGAGGCAGUGUGAGGUAGGACAGGCUGAGAGAGGCAGCGACAGCGAGCUUCAGGGCUGAGUGGGGGGAUUUGAACCCGGGUCUUUACGAGGGCCUGGCCUGACACGCAGGCUCUUGUAAUAAUAGUAACAAUAAUAAUUAGUAAAUAAAUAAAUCCAAUACUAUAUAGAUCCGUGGCUAUGGGGUGAUACACAAAUUUAAUAAAAAAAAUAACCACAUCGUUGCCUUCCCAUGCAAAUUGGAGAAGUUCCCCUCCAAUUUCUUACAAUAUUAGAGAUUUAUUUUUUUAAAAAAAUUAUACUUUCCAGAUAUAUACAUUUCACUGAUUUUUACAUUCAUUUGAACAUUUUAAAACUUCCUUCCCCCUCUUUCUGCGUUUCCUUAAUUUGAUUUUUAAUGUAUUCUGCCAUAUCCAAAUUAACGUCAUUUGGAAAAGGAUAUUAGAGAUGUAACAAGAAUUUGCUGUCUGGUGUGGCUUCAGGGCUCCGGUUAUUUACGUAUAUUAAUAUUAUUUCAUUUGUUAUAGCGGCUUUUCCCUCCCAGAAGCUCAAGCUGUGCUGCGAAUUCUUCUCCUGACUAUCUUUUAUAUCCUUAUAACCACCCUGUGGGUUACAUCCAGUUGAGGUUCAUGGCAGGGUGCGGAAUUCGAACCCAGGUCUCUUCCCUGCCCCUGAUUCUCUUAACCAGACCUAGGCAAACUUCGGCCCUCCAGAUGUUUUGAGACUACAAUUCCCAUCAUCCCUCACCACUGGUCCUGAUAGCUAGGGAUGAUGGGAACUGUAGUUCCAAAACAUCUGGAGGGCCGAGUUUGCCUAUGCCUGCCUUUAACCAUUGCACCACGCAGCCCGAGACCGCUUAAUCUCCGGGGUUUCGAAGGCCCGUGCAAUAAGAAAACCAGGCCUAUAUUAGAUAGAUAAUCUAAUAUAUGAGAAGGUGAAGGUCUGCAAGGGGUUUUUGAGCCAUGGGAUAAGGAAAUCACUUUAUAAGAAGUGAUUAUAGUCUUUUAGAAGACAUCUGAAGGCAGCCCUUGUUUAGGGAAGCUUUCGAUGUUUGAGGCAUUACUGUAUUUUAACAUUUUGUUGGAAGCCGCCCAGAGUGGCUGGGGAAGCCCAGCCAGAUGGGCGGGGUAUAAAUAAAUUAUUAUUAUUAUUAUUAUUAGAGUAAAUACAAAGGAAAGCGUACUUGCCUUCGUUGUACGUUUAUAUUUUAAAGCAAUAAAGAUUUACUCAAAAAACCAGGCCUGCCAGGAGAGCCCUGGUAGACUAUUCCUGAGAAUGGAGGUUCUAUUUCUGAAUACCCAUAGUAUAUAUGGGGUGAGGGACUGGCGUCUGGGGUUCCUUGGGUGGUGAGUUGGCCACUAGGGGCCUCUGCGGAUGUUGUUCUCACCUGCUCCUCCUCCUGUUAAAACAGGAUCCUUGAGAUUUACGGAUUUUGAGACUUGAGAAAGUCCUUAUUCAUGCAGCACAGACUGCGGAACUCCCUGCCACAGGAGGCAGCGGUGCCCACUAAUAAUCUCGAUGGCUUUAAAAGGGGAGGAGCCAUCCAUGGAGGAAGAGAGGUCUACUAGCCAGGAUGGAGGCGGCAGUACUCCUCCCCCAAAAACCACUUUUUUGGGCGCAUGGGGGCACUUUGUAAAAAAAUAUUUUAUGUGUCAGGCUCCCCUGUUUCAGGGACCCAGGAGUCCUGCCUCCCCUGUGUUUGGGGGACCCAGGAGUCCUGCUCUCCCUCCGUUUCAGGGACCCAGGAGUCCUGGCUCCCCUCUGUUUGGGGGACCCAGGAGUCCUGCUGGUGUCAAGUACGUGUAUGAAUAUUCUUUCAUUUCAGAAGCGUGAGCUGGGCUGGAGAAGACUGGUCGGUGUUUGUGCCGGCUACUGGGAAUUGUAGGGCAAGCUACAGUUCCCGCGUCUCCGUGGGGGAGUUUGUGCGCACCGGGAGCGCUUUAAAUGUGUGGGUUGGGAUGGAUGACCUUUGGGGGUCCCCUUGCAACGGUGCGGUUUCGUGCCUGCGAGGCGAUCCUAGCGGGUGGUGCUACAACUCCCAACGCCCUCUCUCUCUUUGUUUCCACAGCACCCUGACGUACGGCGCCCAGCCCUCCCCGGUGAUGACCACGAUGAUCAAACCAGAAGGUGGCUUGCAGCAGUUUCACCACUCCUUUGGCGAUUUCCACGACGUGAUGACAGCUUAUUCCCUGCAGGCGUGCGACGCUGCGGAGGGGGCGCCCCAAUACUGCAUUUCCCAGCACCCCUACUUGGGGUUCAGCAACACACCUCCACUGACCCACCUUUAACUGGUUUGAAGGUGGCGGAGAAAGGACUGAUUUAAUUUGGUUUUUUUGGGGGGUGGUGUUGGUUUGGGGGCUGUUUUAUUUCCCCAGCUUCGUGCAAAAGGGGAUAAACUUAAUUUCACUUGUGCAGAAGUUUGUGCCUUGCGUAUAUUGAAGCGGGAAGAUUUGUACAGGACAUUUUUUUCUUUUUUUACCUUAAGAAAUGAAGGAAAUGGGAAACUCUUAAGGGUGGGUGGGUCCCAAUUCCUGCUAGCAGGGAUUCCUCGUUUGGGUGGGUGGAAAGCCUAAAGGGGAGGGGGGUUAUAUUUUGCUAACUACUUUUUUUAAACAAGUUUUUAUAUUAAAAAAAAG